GGGCUGAAGUGCGCGCGGGAGCAGAGGGGGCGGAGAGAGAGAGAAGGGGGAAAGAAAAAGCAGAAGAGUCCAAGCAAAACAAAAGCCAGGCGAGGGGGCGGGGCGGCGUUAAACCUGAGGGGGGUCGUGAAGGAGGAGAGAGCGGCGGCGGCGGCAACAGCAACGACGACACCGGCGACCGAAGGACGAGCAGGAUGACUUCUCGGUCGCUUCUGGGCCCUGAGGAGAGCGGGGGGGCCCGGCUCGGGAGCAGCAGCGGCGGCGGCGGUUGGCGCUUUCUAUGACCCUCCCUCACGGGACACACAAGCCCACCCACCCCGCUGCCCGCCUCGCGUUGGGUCAUGGUCGGCGGCGCUCGCUGAGGAGGCGGCGGUGGCGGCGCGACCCUGGCCCCCCACAGCAGGUAGCCGCUCUCCACCUCCACGGCCGCUUGGUGCUCCCCUGCCCUUUUUUCCCGGCUGGGACGAGGAAAGACGGAAGAAAGGGCGACUGGGCUGUGUGUGUGUGUGAGUUGGUGUUUGGCGGGGGGGGGGGCAUCUCGAUAGGGUGGGGGAUACGCUCCCCACACAUUCCAGGGUCUUGUCUCCCUCCCUCCCCCUUCUCUUUCAUUCCUCCCCCCCCAAAAAAAAAACCACCUGAGGAUUGUGAGGAGUUCAGGUAGUCCUUCCUGGAAGGGUUUUCAUUGAUGGGGGGCAGGAUCAAUUUAUAAUUGGGGUGGACUUGUCCUUUUCUCCGCCCCAACAUUUGUGAUCCAAGAGGUAUUUUGGGGGGGGUGAACUUUGGGGCUGAUGAGGAUCCCUUUAUCUGUAUGGUUGCCUCUGUUGAAGGGAGAUAGAGUAUUUAUAUUUUGUGUGUGUCCGGUCAACUUCUUUAUUGACUAUGUUUUCAUAUUCCCUGGAGGUUCAGAGGCUCUUAAAGCAACUUCCCAAAAUGAUGUUUGUUGUUUGGGCGAUGAUAUCCUGCCUCUACGUAAACCAGCCAAGGCUGCUAAAAAAAAAAAAGAGGAUUUCGAAAAUAUGAACAGGCUACAAUUCUACAGUUUAUGUACUCAAAAUCCACACUCAAGUUAAGUGGGACUUAUUCCCAAGGUGUAAGUAUGUAGGAUUGCAGCCUAGGAAGACAGCAACAGUCAUACAAAAGGACAGGGAAGCAAAUUGCAUUUAGAUAAUGAGCAGCUGACAAACAAGUGUUAUAAAAGUAAUUCAGAAAAAAUACUUUAAAAAUUACUCUGGGAUAGUGAUGGCCUUGACUAAUACAUAUUAAUUUGCUAAUAACUGCAAUGUUUAUAUUCUAUUGCAUCCUCUUGGCAGAAGCAACUUACAGCAAUUUCAACAUCAUCUGACCUCUUGGAACCUCUUGAGAUGAGAACCUUAAGUAAUGUGGUCUGUUUGGCCUGAGGAGAAAGAAUUAAUUAAUUUUUUAAAAUUUCCUCAACUUAGUGAUAUUAUGAGCCUCGUACUAGUCCUUGAGUGCUAGAUUUAUUUACUUGGAUUUUUGUGUGUGUCCUGUUGUGACACUGAAAGUUUAGAAUGGCUAAAACCAAUUUUAGGGGCGUCUGUGGGCCCCAUGUCUCUUCCAAGGGCUCACCGUUAGAAGAUAGAUAAAUCCUGAACAAAAGAAGAGAAACCUCCAACACAUGGAGGAAAAAAAUAGUUGUUUUUCUAUUUGCUGUAGAAGGAAAAGAAUUGUGCAUCCUUGAGAAAAGUCUGAUCAGAGCUGCUAGCCAGGGACUCCUGUUACCAGUUUGUCUCAAAUGGAAGUCCAGUUUCUUAAUAGAAUUACUAUAGGUGAGUGUGUAUUGGAAUGUACUCUGCACAGGCUCAGAAGCCCAAUAGCAUGCAACUUAAUGCUUUGUGUGUUCUAGAGUUUUUUUCAGAUUCAAAUUUAAGCAUCAGUUUGCAUAUACAUAAAAGGCUCCACUCUUCCUUCUCCCUUGUUUGAGCAGUCUGAGAAAGGAGUGCAGGGGGAUUUGGCUUUUGCAGCCUGUGGAGGUAAUAGGGGACACAAUAGCCUCCAUGAGGGUUUUUUGUUUACUUGAAGGUUUAGAAAGAAAUUGUUUUGCAAGGUGGGUGUUGUUGUUUUUAAUUAGCAUGUUACCGAGAGGGGGACAAGAGCUUAUCCUAGCCAAUUCAGUUCUGUAAUCUUCUGUAUGCGUCGGUGAUUUAAUUUCCUUCUCACGCUCCGCACUCCCUUUGCCCCUCCAUCUUUCAGGGCUGCGCACCACAAGGGCGGUAUGUUUACCCCUGAUCAUAGCAUCGCAGAAAUUCCCUGCAAGAUGCAGGCGGUCCUUGAGCCUGUUAUCUGGGGCAGUAGAACAGUAAACAUCUCUGGGUCGGUUUUGUGUCACUCUGCCUCCGCAAGCUCUUUGUCGGUUUGGAGCUGGGAUGCGGGGGGGGGGCGUUUUGUUUGCUGCUCGGAUUCGCACAUUUUUCUAUGACGAUCGUGCUGAGCAGCUGGGGGGGGGGUCGUCUAUACGUGCCGCCCCUUCUGCAGUUUCUUGUGGUUUUGGAGCCUGCUAGGCUGCUAUUCAAUGGCUCGAACAAGUAAGCCCCAGAGGUAAGGGGAUUUUCGUUCAGCUUCAGCUGCAGAACCGGAUCUGUUUUGCUUUGCUUUGUUUGUGACUGCAUGCUGGCUUGCUCUUUUCCGUCAGCCCUCGAGGCUUUUUCCUCGCCAGAUCUUUCGCUUUCAUUGAUUUAACCGCAGAAAAGAGAACUUGCCCUUUCUCCCCCUCCCCUUUCGGUUUCGUGGUGGUUGGAAUUCGGGGCAAAGUGGAACUGGAAUUCUGGCUCGAGCUGAUCGCCCUGCGGCUGGACAAGGAAAUGAAGCUGGAAAAACAUCUUUCCUCCCCGACCUUGUGCCAGACCUGGACACCCCCCACCCGGGGCAAGUCGAAGCCAGCGUGCUUCGCUGCGCUCUAGGUCGACCCCACCGGGGGCGCUCAGACACUGUUUGUAAACAGUGCCAGAAAGUGAGCCGUUUGCAGCCGCCGUUGGCCUUUUGUUUUGAUCCACCGGGCGCGGACUGGCUGUGGCAGGGGCUGGCUGCUGCUGUUGUGGGUAGGCUGGCUGGGACUUUGCUGCUGCACGUCCGUCUAUCUCCCCUCCCCUCCUCCGUGCUGUAAUGUCCAAAGCAGACUGGAGGUGCACGUUUAUUUUUAGAAUGUUGCUUCUCGCAGUGCCCUUGCCUUUCUCCAUGAAAAGUUGCCUUUUCCACAAGGCUCCGAACCCGUUGUUUCUACACUUCAGAGGAAGAACAGGCAAAAGAAAGGGUGGGAGGAGAUGUUUUGGUUAAAAUCAGAGCAGGCAGUUGAUGUUUUGCUUUGUGGUCUGAGCGUGUAGUGAGGAGUUUUCAACUCCACUAACAACAGCCCUUGAAAGUGAAGAUCAAAUCUGCACAAAUCUUUUGUCUCUAUUUUAGCAUUGUUUGAAGUUUAGUAAGGGUGAGGUCUAUUAAAUGGUCUUAUGGAAAUAUGUUUUCACAGAAGCCACUUUAGCACUGUCUACAAUGCAGCAACAUCUAUUUCUAUGUAUACAUUUGAUGCAGUCUGGAUUGCUGGUGGAUCAGAAAGGUUCUUUAGUGUUAACAGACUUCAUGGGAAAGUCCAAGACAGGAAAACAAGAUUGAUCUUUCUGAGUUCUUGGUUACUGUUAAUGGGGGGUGGGAAGCAACUUAGCUUCAGUUAAAUGAACAAUUAUCCAGCCACAUUUUAUGUGUCUUACAUAGCAAAUCUUAGAGGUUUUAAACUUAGCAAAAGCCAACUGUGCAUGUUUCUUCAGAAAUAAGUACUUCUCUGCUUAUUGCAGCUUACUCUCAGAUAAGUAUGGAUAAGGGUAUAACCCCGAUUUUUGUAGUUCAUAUUUAAUAGAAGCCCUUUUAGUAGCUUAGUAAAAACAUGAAUGAAAUUAAGGCUUGUUAUAGUACAAAACCUCUAUAAAUAUAAUGUAUGAAAUAGCAGUGGGACAUGCUGUAUAGUAGAAUCAAAUGACCUGUUGCUUGUGUUCCUGAUAAAAGCUAUUUAAUACUUUGAGAAUAUCUUAAUAUUCUGUAGGUCUGUUGUAUGCUGAUAACGUUCUGUUGCAGCUAACAUGCUUAAAUAUUUGUUUAUACAUCCGGGUGCAGAAUUAGGACAGCCCACUAUGCUUAAGAUUGGCUGCUGCUUGCCUACAAAGAUUACGCUUUCCUUCAAAUGACAUCAUGCUGGUAGACAGAAAGAGCUAACAUUGUAUGCAUUCAGUGUAUGAAUUGUAAUAUCACAUGAAAAUAACACUUAUUUAUCCAUCUAAUAAAAUGGGUAGCAUGUUCAACUGAGAGUAGCAAGGGCAUAAUGAAAAUGAAAAUUGUGUCUUAAUUGCGUCUAGAAUGAAUGUUUGAAAAAACAUAUGUUUUUGAAAAAACAUGUUUUUGAAAAAACAUAUGUUCCAAUGCUUGAACCUGUUUUCACAUGGGGCUUGGCAGAGAAUAUCAGAUUUGUACAGCAUGCCCUUGUGUAUAGUUAGUAUUUUAGGGGAGACAAACACUUUGAUGGCUUUUAAAACUCCUUUACUGUUGUGAAAUGGAAUGGGGGGGGCUUGGGUAGUUGUUAUUACAAUCUCAAUCAGUUUUGCUUACACAUUUAAAAGGGUAGUCUCUUCAUAGUUCAGUAAAUUUGAGCUCUACUGUAUUUUCAUCUCUCUCUUUUUGGUACUUCUGUAAACCUCAGGAUUCGUCCACACCUGUAGUGUGUGGAUGGUGCUGUUUUGGUUGCAGUGGGUAUGGCAAUUCAUGUAGGUCUGUUUCAAGGAAACUACUGUUGGUUGGUUGUUCCUUUCUAUACCACAAAACUGAAAGCUAUGCAGUGUACAAUAUGACUUCAGUUUAAAACCAAAACAACACAACAAAUACAAUUGAACCAAACAAACAAACAGAAGCACAGAAUGGGUCACCUAACAAGAAGGUUCUAAAAAAAAAGAUAAUCCUUUUCAUCAGAAUGCUCCCUGAAAUAAUUAAGUAUUGGUGCCUAAAACUCAUUAUAGUUGCUGCCAGCUUGAUUUUAUUAGGUAGACUGCUUAUAAACCGGAUGCCACCACACUAAAUGCACAAUCUGUCACUGCCAGUCACUCUUAGAUGUACCUCAAUGGCAGAUUGCAGAUAUCAGAGAAAGGUAUAUGAAUAGUACUUGAUCAAAUGUUCAGAAAUCUUUGGUUUAACUUAUUAGGCAGCUAUUACCCUUGAGCCCUCCUUUACCCUAUAUCUUCUGUCUGUGCCUGUGGCAGUGGAGUUUGGGAGGAAAAAACUUCGUCUUGAAGAUUUGACAGAUGGUUCAAUCUUAUGCCCAGUCAAAAAUACAGAAAGACCCAACCCUUGAUUCCAGUGCUUUAUACCGGUAAAUGCUUCCAGAGACUGUGGGGAAGCACUGAGAAGGUCCCAUUGCUUUUUCUGAAGAUCUGUAAAAGAUGAAACAAGACCCCUCCCCACCCCCAAAGUUAUCUCUGCAUGCCAAAGAACAUGGGAGGGGUCUAUUCAUGUUUCAUUUCUCACAGGAUUUUUGCACAAUGCAAAACUCCACAAAGGAAGUGCAAAGGGAAGCAUAUUCCUCCAUGUUCUCUGCACUUCCUCAAGAACUCAGGGAAAGGACUAGUCAGCAGAGGGGUAAUAGGGGUUAUUGCACUUCCUUGCACCACUGGGGGGAAUCUGCAUCCCUGGUCUUAGUUAACAAGAAACAUAAUUGUGAAGUUCAUGAGCACACUCUGCACAUAAACUUUAAAGUAGAAUAGUUGAAAACGGAUGAGUUUACAAAUUUAAACCAACUUUAAACAAAAGUUAAAAUGAAGCCAGAUUAAAAUAUCUGAAUGUAAAACAAAAAACAUGUCCACACAAAUAAUCCUUUAAAACUGAAUCUGUGACAUUAUCUCAUGCAUUGAAGCAUGUAAACUAUUUUUAUUGAUUUUCAACUUACAAAACACAAUUAAUAAACUUUAAAUGUGCUGCCAUUGGCAAUACAGUAUUAAAAUUCCUUUACUUUAGAAUUCCCUUCUCUCUCUCUAAGAACUGGAUUAAUUACUGCCAUUGAUUUUAAUAAAUUUAAUUUUGAGAUUUGAUUUUAGGUAACUGCCUUGCCUCAUGUUGCCUACCUUUGUUCUGCAAGGCACAGGCUCAUUAAUUUUAAGAAGGUUUGUGAAUCCAACAUUAUAUCUAAUUAUACAUUUAUAUUGUCCAAAGACUGAAUUACUGCUUUCUCCUCUUCCCCACUCCCCCAUUUAUCUUGUUACAGGAAUUAUUCAGCCACCACUAUGACUGAAUAAUUAACCAGAGGCUCAGAGCAGUCACUGCAACUAACCAUAGUUUAGGACCUAAACUAUGAUUUGAGCUUCCAAACAUUAAGCAAGCACUUUUAUGGUUUAGAACUGUUUGCUAUGGCCCUCCUUUCUCCCAGCAUACAAGUUCACAAUUUCAUUUCCCAUCUCUUUGUUGAAGCAGCCUCUGUAGUGACACCCAUAUAACAGCAGUUUUUAGAAUUCAGACAUUGCACCAAACCAUGGCUUGCAAACCCCAUAUUACCUUAAUGGUUGUCUCCUGUUCUUAUUUGCUGUUUAUGGCUGCAUAAUAUAUGGUACUGUAUUGACAACAGUCCUUUUUGGGGGGAGUUAUUGUUUACACUUGUUAUUGCUACCACACCAUAAUCUUUGUGCCUUUCUAAUUUUUACUACCAAUGGAAAAUCCCAGGUUUCUUGACUGUCCUUGAUGAAAUUGAUAAAGAAAUGGUUAAAAUGUUGAUAGUGUUUUCCCACCUCUAUGUUCAUUCGGAUUGAUUUAUUAUGGGAUACAGCAUUGGUACUAGAUGUCUGUGGUCUCCAGACCCUAAGUUCAUUAUUACACAUUAAAAUCAAAUGAGACCACCCUGAAGCUCAAGGAUCUGAAAAGAAUGUGUCUCUUGCUUCAGCUGGCUGAUAAUGAACAGAGGUUUAUGAGUGUCCGGCAUUCAUGGAGUGAUACCAUCUGCCAAGCUUCUGGAAAUUAUCUUCCUUUUGAGCAGUAGUAUUUCUUAUAGAAAGCUGUUUGAAGAGGCUACACUACGACGUUUUUGAAUCCACAUAGUUAGUUCAGUAUUUAUUUGGGCUUUGGCUGUGUUUAAACAUCCUUAUAAACUAUGGCUUAUUGUGAUGGAAAUGAGCCAAGGUGAGCCUUGGACUCAUAUGCUCCCUGUCUUUCCCCUCCUUCUCCAGUGUGGCUGCAAGUUGCUUGUUUCAUUCAAACCUGACAACCUGUGGUUAACUAUGGUUUGAUUUAAACAAACAGACUUCAGAAUGCACUUACUUUGUGAGGAACCUAUGGGCAGAAAGUUUCAUAGUUGGCCUACCCAGCAACUAUUUUGUGUUGGCUGAGUGGAAUGUUAGUUACGCUUGCCUUUUGUUCAUCCAGCUGUUUUACCACCCUUAAGUUUCCAAUGCUUGUGUUUGCAUACUGCCCUCUGUUGCAGUGUUCCCAUCUCCCUUUUGGAUGGGAGGUUGGGAGCACCUCAGUAUUACAGUGCAAGUGUAGGGCUCCCCUCCCCUCCCCUCUCCUCUCCUCUCCCAUGUAGGACUCGGUGGCAUAUACAUGCAGGCAUGAUAUUUUAACAGGGAGCAACACUGCAUGUAACUUAAGGUACCCAUUUUAUUUUUAACUUACACUAAUGAUGAAAUGGAGAAGUUAAAUGUUUAAUUAGAAAUAUGUACUAUAAAAAGACUUGAAGUGGCUUAUAUGCUUCUUUCUUCCGUUGCAGGUUUUGAUUGUUUCUUCUGUGGCGUUUGUGUGGAAGCUGCCACACACACUUCAGAACAACAACGGCUUUUGCUUGCAUUUUCCAGUGUUUCUUUUGUCAGCAAGUUCAGCAGAGUUGUAAUUCUUCAAGUGCCAGCCCUGAUCAGAGUGAAGAACUGGCAACAGAGAUGGUAAAAAUGACAAAAUCCAAAACGUUCCAGGCUUACCUACCAAACUGUCAUCGGACCUACAGUUGUAUCCACUGCAGAGCCCAUCUAGCCAAUCAUGAUGAACUAAUUUCCAAGGCAAGUGGCCUGUCUCUAGACCUCAUGAAUGCAUGAUCUGGUGCCUGUUUGUAACUGCCAUAAUGAGACCAAAAGAUACAUCAAAAGCUGUGUUUCAGGGUCUAUUAGAAAUACACUGCAUAAGAAUUUACAUAAUGUAUUUCCUGAUUACAUUCUGUUUGUGUUCAGGUGCUACUUCUUGAGGUGUGUUUGGUCUCUUCUCAGGCCUGAAUGAUGUGUAAUUGAUAUUUUAAAAGAAGUGCUCUUAAUGUGAAGCACAUUGAUCAUGGUUGUGGUCACUUGAGGUAAUGUGACUAACCUGCUUGUUUUAGUUUGGUAGCAUUAUUCUUCUAAAGAGAAUCAGUGUGUAACUUACACUAUGUUCAAAUGUUAAUGUGUUCUUAAUAUUCAAGUACAGAAGAUCUAGUAUGCAGACAUGAAAUCUAAACCAACUAGCCAUCCAUGUGAAGAAAAUAGUCAAUGGAUUGAAGUAUGCAGAGAUGUAUAUCUGGUCAGCUGGAAAAGAAGGGUGGGUGGGUUUCUUAUUCGGUGUAUGUUCUGCAGCUAGACCUGUCCAGUGAGAGCAUUCCUGAAGUGAGGAAGCAUGCUUUUCAAAACUACAGUGGUACCUUGGGUUAUAUACGCUUCAGGUUACAUACGCUUCAGGUUACAGACUCCGCUAACCCAGAAAUAGUGCUUCAGGUUAAGAACUUUGCUUCAGGAUGAGAACAGAAAUUGUGCUACGGUGGCACGGCGGCGGCAGGAGGCCCCAUUAGCUAAAGUGGUGCUUCAGGUUAAGAACAGUUUCAGGUUAAGAACGGACCUCCGGAAUGAAUUAAGUACUUAACCCGAGGUACCACUGUACUUUCUUUUGUUCCUUGUUUUUCCCCCUUUAUGCAUUCUUUUGAAGGACUUUUGGUAACAACUGUGAAUCAAGGCUCUUCUUUGAGAUCUGUAUAUAUGAAGAAACCUCUCACCAGGCAGUUUUCCCAACUCCUAUGCAAAGAUUUGGGAGUUUCUAUGUUUCUAAAAUGAGAGACGAUAUUCUUCCAAGCAUAUAUUCAUAUUCACCUGUUCUGUAUCCACUCUUCAUGUGCAUUGGGGAGGAAUUUUGACCCCAGGAAGAGCAUCAUGUAAUAUUCAGUUUUCCUUCACAGCAAUGGGGUCUCUCAUGAUUGCUAUAUGCUGCGAUCUACGUGCAUAUAUUCUGAAGAAUAAGCAUCUGUUAGCAGUUGCUACAGCACUGGUUUGUGCUGCAGAUUUAAGCUUACCACACAGAAACACAAUAAAGGAAAAAUGGCAAGAGAAAUACUCCCUCCACUGAUUUUUGUUUCUCCCCCUCACCCCCAGCCAAUUUUGCACCAAAAUUAAGGGAAUAAUUUUUUUAAACAAAGUAUAUUCUGUAAAGAAACCUCACAUAAUUUUGUACUUCCUGUGUGUUAAAAAUAGUAUUGUAUUCUCAGGUAAAAGCAUAAUAAACAAUCUACCAAACAUUAAAAAUGGUUUCAGACUGACAAUUUGUCUAACACCCAUCUUUAAUUGUUACAAGUUUAGUAUACUGUGACUAAUAAGUUGGUGGGACAGGGUCAUGUAACUGUAAAAUAUGCCUGGUAAUUAAACGUUGUACUUAAUUAGGUUAAUUGGUAUAGUUUUUAGAUGACAGAGAGAGGUGAGGGUUUCCGCUACAGUUAUGGAUUUUUUCAAUGCCUGCUUUUCCUAAUUAGGUAUGUUCGCAAGACUCUGAUGGGAUGAAAAUUGAAUACAUAGCAGUAAUUUAAAGGUGUAAAUGACUGGGUAUGCCUGUUUUAAAAACAAACACUACAGUGCAAUUAGUUGACUCACUGUUGCCCUUAAAAUAAAUCCAAACACUCCCUGGUUUGCAAACUACGUGGCAUGGUGAUAUGUGGAUCACUCACGCUGCUGAAAAAAUGGGAGGAAGAUUGCUUUCCAGUGUAUCUUGCAACCCAUCAAUUCUGGUGCUCAUCCGGAAUUCCUGUUUCUUCCAGCAAUGAAUAUUGGAGGGCAGAUUUCCUAGGAACUCCCACUAUUGCAGUAACAUACUGGGUAACCUUCCAAAGAGAGCUAUUAGCAGCUUAGCUUCAAUCAUCCUCAUGCACUGACAUUGAAACAAAUAUUACUAAUUGCCGAGGUGUGUGUGGGUGUGUGUACACUUUGUACACAAAUGGCAAUGGCUAGUGGAUGGUACAGAUAUGUGUGAUACUGUGAUUGUGUUGCAUACAAAUUCUGUAAAGAAGGGGUGUAGCACCUUGUGAAUCUGAUCUUACUGGCUUAGCUUCAUUUCCCUCCCUCUAGCCCUCCCACAGGCUAUUUAUUUGCCAGAAUAGUGGUACCUCGGAUUACAAACACUUCAGGUCACAAACUCCGCUAACCUGGAAGUAGUACCUCGGGUUAAGAACUUUGCCCCAGGAUGAGCACAGAAAUCGCGCAAAGGCCCCAUUAGCUAAAGUGGUACCUCGGGUUAAGAAUGGUUUGAGGUUAAAGACGGAACUCUGGAACAAAUUAAGUUCGUAACCUAAGGUACCACUGCAAUUUUUAAUCUUAUUUUUUUAUUCAACUGCAAUACCAUUUUACCCUGAUGAUGUAUAUUGGACAUGGGACUUCUUAAUAGCUCUUGAACAAUUAAAUAAUAUGAAUCACAGGAGCCAAUACUUGGAAAGGCAACUAAGUUGUAAUAAAACAGGUACUAAUAAAAUUCUUAACCCUGAGUAUUGUAAGUAACAAUAACAACUUAUGGCUAUAAGCCAUAAAUUUGUGACUCACAAUUUUGCUGUUUGCUGCACAUCAGUAUUUUGGCACAUGUUUUCUCAGGCACACCAUAUGUUAAAAUAUAUGGUGUAACUUUCUCUGAUCUCUUCUGACAGGGUGGUAAUGAAAACCAAAUGAAGUAAUCUUGGAAAUUUUGCUGGUUUAUGAAAUAGACAUCAUUUUACAGCCAUUUUUAUGUAUUCAAAUUCCUGUUUGAGAUCUGUAUUCCCCUUUGACUUAUUAGGUAGCAAUGAUGAUGAAUUCAAGAGAUUCAUUUCAAGUACUGUAUAUAUCUAGGAAGUAUAGGAAGGUGCUUUGAUACAAUUGCAUUCCAUAUGAAUACAAUGUGGUUUCUAGGUGGUGCAGAAUCCCAUCUCCUCCUGUACAAAUUUGCAUGUAGUGCGAAAGGGGCUGUCACCUCCUGUUUUUUUCUGCUCGGCAUCUGGUACUCUGAGGAGAACUAUUAAUACAGUGGUACCUCUGGAUGCGAACGGGAUCCAUUCCGGAGCCCUGUUUGCAUCCUGAAGCGAACGCAACCCGCGUCUGCGCAUGCGCGUGACGUCAUUUUGAGCGUCUGCGCAAGCGGCGAAACCCGGAAGUAACGCGUUCCGUUACUUCUGGGUCACCGCAGAGUGCAACCCAAAAAUGCUCAACCCGAAGCUACUUCAACCCGAGGUAUGACUGUAUGGGGAUUCUUAUUUCAGAUUUUUAAAAUGGAUUGUACCACUGUGUAGCUGGAGGUUCCUAAGGGUUGACGGCAUCUGUUUCAGUGAAACUUGUGAAUGCUCUAGCUCAUGAUAAUGUUAGCAUGUUUAUGUGUUACUCUAUUCUUUAUCGAUGUUCCCUUUUAACUGUAAAUGGACACAGACAUUCCUUCAGGAAUUCUGAAUCUUCCCUAUGUGAUACUUUUUAGCAUCAUGGACUCUAGAGUCUUUGUGUCUCUGCCAUCUACACACUGCAACAUUUUCUGCCACUUAGUUAACAAUGUUUCAAGGACUGACAGUGUUUGAAAUAAAAAUAAUUAUAUAGGAAUAAUAUACAUGUUGUAUUAAAUUUCUGACCUAUGUGAACUUUUACGUGCUCUAUAAUGGCAAUCCUGCUGAAUCUGGGCAUUCACCAGGUCAUAAGUAACCGCAUAGAGCUUAUUUGUAAGAGGUUGCUAGAUAACUGCUAGGAACAGUUUUACUGAAUACAAUGGAACCACGGGUUGUGAAUGUGAUCCGUGCAGGAGGCAUGUUUGCAACCUGCAGCGCCGCAUCUGCGAACACGUAGAUCGCGAUUUGGUCUUCUGUGCAUGUGCAAAGCGCCAAAACCUAGAAUCAACCCGUUCCGGUACUUCCGGUUUGGCGCGGUGCGCAACCUGAGAAUGCGUUACCUGAAGCGUCUCUAACCCGAGGUACCACUGUAUUACCAUUUUGUCUCAGAUUGGUUCCUUCUGACUUUGUUCACUAAGAACAUUCUCAGAUUCAUAUUAUCUCCUUGAUGGCCUGAUAGCUUCGCACAAGAAUGAAAGACUAGCUUUAGUUGGUUUUUUGCGAGGCAGGGGGAUCUGUUUUUUUAACCAAAAAAGGAGCCAGCCAGAUUGGUAAAAGGGGGAGAUGAGGACCUAACACUUGCUGCUUGUUCUGGUGGGUUGAUUCUAAUUUGUUUCCUGCUCCCCAUUCAUCAUCUCCUCUUCAGACAGUGCUUGACCCAGGGGUGCCAACUUGAAUAAUAUAUGGGGGGCAGGUGAGCACCCCCCAAUAAUUGAUCACAUGACAUGGUGCGCACACACCAUUUGAAUGGCAAUUCCUAUUUAUUUAUUUAUUUAUUUAUUUUAUUGGGGGGCAAAGACUCUAGGAGUUGGCUCUCCAGACUCAUUUUUUAAAGCACCAGUUAUAACUGAGUGUCAAUUUUUAAAUCUCCAGUUUUAAUGGUGUCCCUUCUCCUAACACAUUAGAACCCUUUGGUGGGGUGGGGAGCACUUUGACAGCUUCACACACGCACCCCAACGUGAAACUCUAAUAACUCAAGAACCAAAUGGAGAAUGCCCAGUGAACUCAAAUGUUUUCUAGUUAUCCAAUUUUAAUUUUCUGUAAUCCUAUACAAUUACACCUGUAUCAUUUUUUGGCUUAGUUUAGGAAAUAAUGACCAAAGUUAAUUAAAAGCAAAACUUAUUUAAAACUUAUUUAGCUUACUAAAUAAGCAACACGGAAAAGUAGAGGGCAAACUGAGUGCAAUAAAUUAUUGAGAGGCAAAUCCAUGUACUUUUCACAUGUUUUAUUUCAAUAAUGUUUCAAUAAUAUAAGGUAGAUUGUUACUGUCCCCAUAUUACUGAUGGGGAAGGAAGAGAGAGUGGAUUGCCUUAAAACAGUGUGUGUUAAUGGUAGAGUGGAGCUACAGACUUCUAUAGCUAAGGAUUUGAACUGUGCCAGAUCUUUCUUUGCUAUAGUACAUUAUGUUAAUUACCAUCCCUUUUCUUUUGUCUAUUGCAGCAGUGUCAGACACUGUUGGCUUAAAGAAGGCACUAUACCUAGCAGUAGUUGCACAAACACUUGGGGAAAGAUUUGGUUUUGAGAUUAGAGAUUAGACAAUGAGUUUCCAGCCCCAUGUGGCAGAUCGGAAGAAUAAUUACUUGGAACAAUACAUGCAGCUGAAUUUGCACUUAGCAUACAAUGUGCUAGUUUCAAAGUUCAGGUGGAAUGCUUUGAUUUGCCUCUUCAUUGAGACAAUGUUUUAGUGUUUUUUUAAAAAAAUAUUUAUAUAUAUAUGUCUUCUUCUUUUUUUUCUUUUACAGUCCUUUCAGGGAAGCCAGGGGCGAGCCUACCUCUUUAAUUCAGUGUAAGUGCAAUUAUUAUUUUCUAUGGACUAGGAGGACUAUUUUACAACAAUCUCAUGUGAGUGGAUUGGCUUGUUGCCUUGGUUUACGCAAGGACCCAAGUCGAGCCCUAUGGGAUCAACCCAGCGGUCCGUCUAGUCUAGCAGUCUGCUUCCCACAGUGGCCGGCAGAUGUCUUGGAAGCCAUCAACAUGGCUGAAAUACGGUAGCCCUUCUUUGCUGUUGCUCCCUAGCAUCUGGUAUUUUGUGGUUAUCAAAUACUUUGGUGUGAGAGAAGGGUUUUGCUCUGCCUGCAGAAGGCCACACAUCCUUCAGUCAGGCACAUGUGGAAGGCUUCUGAGGGCUGAACGACUAUGACUCAGUAAUAGAGUGCAUGCUUUGCAUGCAAAAGAGCCACAGUUCAAUCAAUUCUAGAUGAGAAAGGUUCCUGGAGAGAUGCUGCCAACCAGUGUAAACAAAACUGAGCUAGGUAGACUAGUGGGCUGACUUGAUAUAAGACAGCUUUCUAUGUUCCUCUUAAUUAGCAUUGCCAAAAAAGUUAUGUUUGGAACCAGCGCAUAUGGAAACAUAAUUCUAACUAACUAUAGAUUUUACAAUGCAACUUUUUUCUUCUUUAGAGUAUCUAUUAAAAUCCUUUCAAGGUAGGUAAUAACUUCUGUUGGUGGCAUAGUUAAAAGAAACAUGGGAUGCUGAUGGUGCUGUGGUCCAAACCACUGAGCCUCUUGGGCUUGCUGAUCAGAAGGUCGGUGGUUCGAAUUCCUGCGACAGGGUGAGCUCCCAUUGCUCUGUCCCAGCUCCUGCCAACUUAGCAAUUCAAAAGCAUGCCAGUGCAAGUAGAUAAAUAGGUACCACAGUGGUGGUAAGGUAAACAGCGUUUCCGUGCACUCUGGUUUCCAUCAUAGUAUCCCAUUGUGCCAGAAGCAGUUUAGUCCUGCUGGCCACAUGACCCAGAAAGCUGUCUGCGGACAAACGCCGGCUCCCUCCGCCUGAAAGCGAGAUGAGCGCCACAACCCCAUAGUUGCCCUUGACUGGACUUAACUGUCCACGGGUCCUUUACCUUCACCUUUAAAAGAAACAUAAAAACAAAGCCAUAGUUAAAACCAGGGCUUUUUUUUCUUCCAGCUGGAGCUCACCAGAGCUCAACUCCAGCACCUCUCAGGUGGGCACCAUUGCCAUUCUAAGAGAACAAGGGAGAACUUCGUGAUGAGCUCCAGCACCUCUUUUUCUAGGAAAAUGGCACUGGUUAAAACAAUUUACCUGGUAAUUAAUACUAGGUUGGAAAUCACACAGAUGUUUAAUUUGGUUUGUGUUCAAAAGCUUGGUUUAUGUAAGGAGGAACAAGCAAAGCAUCUUGGCUUUAAAAUAACUUCCUUGUGUGAUGUUGGAAAUAUUUGCCAAAAAUCUGGUGUGAAUGAUCUUGAGAUUUUGCAUCUAACAUUUGCAUAUAUCUUUAUAUUAAUGGGAGGGGAAGGAAGAUUCUUAUAAAAUGACUUAUGCUUUUCCCACUCUCUCUCUCUUGCAGGGUGAAUGUGGGCUGUGGUCCUGCAGAAGAGAGAGUUCUUCUGACAGGCUUGCAUGCAGUAGCAGAUAUUUAUUGUGAAAACUGCAAAACCACUCUUGGAUGGAAAUACGUAAGCAUUUGCCCAUUUUUGGACAUGCAACUGUUUGGUUUUGUCUGGUCAUUGAAAUAGACUAUGUGCAAAUGUGGGAAUAUCUGGGUUGUCGCCAACUAAGUACUACUUUGAGCAGACUCACUAAAGUUGAGUCUACUCUACACUAAAGUUCAGUGGGUCUAGUCUGAGUACCCCAACAUCGAUACCCUCUGGAUCUUGUCAGUCCCUUUUUGAUGCCUUUUCAGACUCGUGGCAUGAUAAGAAGCCCAAGGAUAAAUUGACUAAUUCUGGCUACAAUUCAGAUCCAUGGGUAAAAGUUAUCCACAUCUUAAAGAGGCAACCCGAUCUUCCAUCACCAGUUGGCCUUCCUCUAGUAGUAGUAGUAGUAGUAGUAGUAGUAGUAGUAGUAUUUAUUGUUGUUAUUACCACCCACCCACCCCAAGAAAGGCACAGGGCAGGCUACAGCAAUGUAAAGAGCAACAGUUUAAAGCAAAUUGCAUUCAGACCUGGAAUGGGCCCUAGAAAUAUGAAUUUCAGUUCAUAUUUGCUGCUUUGAAGUGUGGCAGGUGCCUGACACAGACCCUGCUUACAUGUGGUGAAGGGCUCAUAACAAGCAGUUUUCAGAGCCACUGAAUUUGCAAGGGAAUCUUUUAUUCCACCUGCCAGGGAUUCUGCUUAUGUUACUGAUGCAAGAGGACCUGUCCUUCUGCCAUCCCUCUUACUUAUAUCCCUCUUACUUAUCCCUCUUACUGCCACUGGGGAUGGGGGUGCUGUUAGGGAGAGGCUGGGUUCCUUCCUAGAAUUUUCAGUUUUCAUAGUACGUAGUCUUUUCUUUGCAAAAUGUAAUGAAAAGUAUACUGGCAAAAGUCUUCCCAAGUAAGAAGUAAGUUUCGCAUUUCCCAGGAGCAUAAAGGCACUUGAAUGAAAAUUUAUUUUAUUAACAUUACCUGUACUUUAAAUUCAAAGGGUUGUAUCCAACUAAGGUUCUGUUCACACUAUACAAUUAAAACACCAUGCUGCCACUUUAAACAGCCAAGACACCUGACACCAGGAGCUGGUUAGAUAAAGCUGUGGCUGCAAAGGAGCAAUCAGGAGCCUUUGAGUUCUCCUGCUUUUGGCGCUGCUUAAAUAUGGUGCCAAAUACAAGCCCUGCGGCUUUUACUCAGGUCAAUCUUCUGAUCAUAUGGAAUCAGGUGACUGGUGCUCACCUGACAAAUAUGCCCAUGGAGGGUUGGCCACUGAUUGAUCUAGUCCUCUGGUUGAAAGUGGUUUCCACUCUUGCUUUAAAUCAACAGUCAUCUGCUAAUAAUUUAGUCCAUUGCUCACCUUUGUAAGUAUUGACCUGUUGAGGUUUGAACCAGGUCAUCCCUCUUUCAUUCAUACAGUGAUGCCGAAGUACAUAAAGUACAGCAGUUAAGCUGAGCAAUACUCUUGCCUUGCCCCUAACGGAUACGUUAAGAAGCGUUCAUAUUUGAAGCGGCGGAUAACGGAAUCUAAUAUUUUAUUUUCUUGCCUAGGAACAUGCGUUUGAAAGCAGUCAGAAAUACAAAGAAGGAAAAUUCAUCAUUGAACUUGCCCACAUGAUCAAAGACAAUGGCUGGGAGUAAAUGGGAACACUUCUCUCUCUCUUUGGACAAUUAACCUGUGGAACAUGCUUUAUAAAGACUAAUGCAAAAAGGAUUUUGGUUCGGCUGGCUGAGAAAAUCGCUGCGUUUUUGAAACCUCCAAACUGAGUAGUGUAAUUUUGUGCCCCCCCUCCCUUUCCCCCAAAGGCCAUCUUUUGCCUUCCUCUUUGUGUAAGUUUCCCUCUUUUUGUAUAUGUAUUCCUGUGUGAACAGUUGUUUUGGAUCGACUUUUUCUACAAACUAGAGGAAUAAUUCCCUAAUUUCAAAUUACUUUUAAUAGCUAGCGCUCUCUUUUGAACUGUGCUUUUUAAAUGCUCCUUCUGUGCAUGCUUUUUGCCCAUCACCUGCCACGGGAUUUUGUUGAAGGCCUGCGUGAACAGUCCUAGAGAGAAUGUAAGGCAUGUUCCUUCCCCAUGACCCCAGACAUAGCAAUUUCUGUGCUCUCUUUGCAGUGAGAAGGACAUAACAUUGUAGUAACCAUUAGUUGUUUUCUUUUUCUUUUUUAAAGUACUGCAGCUUGUGUGUAUCUUUGGGCAGGUUGGUUAAAGGUUUAGUCAUCUGUAGUGGCUGAGGUUUAUAAAUCCUUGCUUUUAUUUAAAGAAAAUGAGAAGGGAGGGUGGAAUAAUAAUUUACAAGGUCAACUAACUUAUAAGGUCUGACCGAAAUCAAAACAUUCCUAAGAAAGUUAAACUUUGCUCUUUUAAGAAAGAAUGUCUUAGCAAAGUUUUCAAGAUCAAAGGAUGCAACUAUAUGCAGCUCUUAUUUUUAAUGUCAUGUAAAAUGUCUCGGUACUGUACCUUUAACAGGGACUUGUACAUCCACUGAAGUUUUUAUGGCUGGUUCCAUGUAGCUACAUAGUUUUUAAUGCACUGGAUAAAGAGGUUGAUAUCAGUGAAGUGAUUUGCUCUUGCAGUCCUUAAACACACAGGAUUAUUUUUGUGUGUGAAAGUGGCCAGAGCCUCUAGCUGUUACCUGUGGGAGGUUGGAAGUUGGGGAGCAGGUUAAAAAAAAAAAGCAAAUUGACUUCUUCAUGCUAGGUUUUUUAAGGGGCGUUUGAUUUGCUGGCUGAAUCAUCCCUGAGCACAUUUUGUAAUAAACAGUUAUGUGAAAUAAGCAUCAACUUGUAAUUUCCCCCAGCUGCUGCUUUUUGUGGGGUGACUCAGUCAGACACUUCCACUAUGUGUGUGUGUGUGUAUGUAAAGUUCACUGAUGGGAACUUUUCUGCACACUGUUUCAAGAGAUUUGAAUAAUUUUUAUGUCAUGAUUUUUGCAUUAAUAUUCUAAAAUUUAUGAGAGGAGGAACGGAUUGGAGGAUAUUUUACACUAACACAACAUAGCUGCUGAUAGCAUGAAUAAUAUGGAAAGCCUUACAUUGGGAAAUCUGCUCCUUUCUAAUACAAUGUCUUUUACAUAGCGUAAAAAAAACUUUGCAUUGUUCCUCUCUGCUGGCUGCUGCUAUCCUCGUCUGAUGGGCUUUCAAGUCUCUACUGCACUUUAGCUAUACCUUUCAUGUUAAAAGUAAGAGUAAUCUUUCCCUAAAGAGGAAUUGUCCCUUCCCUCUUCUGUUUGAAGAAUUAUUUCCCAAGCAAACCAUCUGGGAAGUAGUAUGGUUACACUGUGAUGCAAAAAAAGGAUAUUGAAUAUAUCUGUUUAAGUGUGUGUGUACAUAGUUACCUCUUAGGCAUUCAAAUCCAAAGAGCUGUACUAGUGACAGCUAGAUUCAAAUUUUGUUUUGCUGAAUGACCUUUUAUUCUGGUGCUUAAUUUAAUAUGAAUGAGGGUUUGUGUGUUUUUUUUAUCCAUUAAUCUUCAGUACAGUACUUGAUCUAAAUGUACACUAGAACCAGGCGUUAUCUUGACUCAUGCCUAGACAGCAGCAGCUUCAGCCACCCCAAUCGACCACAAGCCGCUGAAGUUUCUCUUAAGAGGAGCUAUUUCCUCGUGAGAAGACUUGGCUCUCUGGUAUCCUCCUUAGUGCUGCCAUCACAGAUCCUUCCAGUCCCCUUGGACUAGGAGUAAUCAGCAUGGGAACAUAGAAUAGGCAGGCACUGUGUGUCUUGUGGGUUAGUGACUUGUGCAAACAUCUGUCUGGUGUGCCUCGCUAAAUAUCAGUAAACUGACUUUAUUUAUUUUGUAUCGCUUUCAAAUCGCUUUAUCCGAAAGGUCUGGUUUUCCUAUCUUCCCUCCACUGCUUAUGGCUGAAAUAGUAAAUAACUUGAACUAUAUUCUAACUGGUACAGUAUCCACUGCCAACCAUGUAAGUACUGAAAUCGUAAGCAGAUGGGCACUGUUGUUGGCUCACGAUGCUGGCUGUAAGCCGUACCAGCUGUGAAACUGUCGCUAGAAGCAUAUCUUUUUCAAUAGCAUGGUUCCUCCUUGGUUUAAAUGUCUCUCACCUAGUACUUACAGGAAUUAGAGGACAAAUUUUGGUCAGGUCUUUUGGGCAGGAGUUUGAGACUCUAAAGCGUUUGAGAGACAAAAUCCAACCUCUUUUUAUCAGUGCAUUAUUCAUAUUCUAAACCUAAAUCACUUAGGUCUAAACUACAUGUUGGAGGCAAGCAUGUAACUGUAGCCUUCCUUAAAAGUUGAAAAUUCACUUUGGGAUGGAAAGAGUAGAGACGGGAGAUGCUUAGACUUUUCCCUGCUCCAAAUCAUUUCCCCAAGUAUUCUUCCUCUGCCCCCAAGGUUUCAAUUGUAUGUUUGUAUUUUGGGGGCAAGCCGUGGGUAGGGCGUGAAGAGGGGCUGGAGUGGAGCUCCUCUUCUCUCUCUUGCUUUUCCAUUCUUACUAAUUCUCCCAAAUGUUUUAUGAUAAAAAAGAGGGGCUUUUAAGAAAACACACUUGCACAUAUUGUGUAGUUUGGCCUUCUGGGUACAAGGUUUCACCUAAACCGUUUGUUAAACCUGGAUGCCAAAAACUUGAGAUUUUUAUUUUUCAGUUGGCACCUGGAGUAUCAAAUUGCGGGUAAAAAUCUAAUGCAAGUCAUUUGUAGUGAUAAGGCAUUUAAGAAUACCAAAUAGAGCAAUAUUUUUAUGGAUUUUGAAAAGGGGAUGGGAAGGGUGGUAGAGAACUCUAAAUCUAAAAAUGAUACUGUAGGUAUCAAGUAGCAUUGCAUAUUAGAUCCUUUGGGGGAAAUGAAUGAUUUUACUUGGCAUUGUAGGAAGGUCUUUAAAACUGGGUGCUUCAAUUUUACAGGUUGGGUGUCAGUAGGAUCCAGAUACUGCUGGAUGUUGGUUGAUGUAUAAAAGGUCAGUCUGGUUACUGAACUUUCCAGCAUUACAUAAGCAUAAUACUUGAACAUUUUUCAAAACAUUUACCCUCUUAACCAUUUUGAGUGUGUGUAAUGUAUUCUAUUUAAGGUUUUGUGUGUUCUUUCUGGGUAAGUUUACGCUAUCCCUUCAACUUGAGCACUUUUGUUACCUGUUAUUUUUAUUACUGUUGGUCUUAACAUUUAUUAUAUAUAUAUAUAUAUUUUAUAAAUUGUAACAAGGAUUUUUUGUGAACUUCUGUGCGCUACCUACUAGCUCCCCCCCCCCCUUUCUUUGGACUAGAUGAACUGACUACAAGCUGGUUCUUGGGAAGAAUGUUCAUUCGCACAAACAGAAAAUGUGCUCGCAAAGUGUACAUGUAUUGAGGUGUUUUUCCCUUCGAACUCAAUAGCCACGGUUAGCAUAAACUAACCAAACAGUAUGGCAUGACUGAGGGCCAGAUCAGGCAAUUUAAUAAUCUCCUUGUGGAAGAAGGAACGUCUAAUCUUGCAGAACCACAUUGGCAGGCUCCCAGCAAAGUAAACGCUAGGAGACAUUGCCACGACGUGGUCAUGCUAGAUCAGAUGCUAACUUCCUCCAUGCAGAUGUAUCUAUAAGGAUGCUGAUGUGAAGCUUUUUUGUGCAUCUGAACACUCUGCAACUUUUCCCCCCUCUUCCAUUUUUUCUAGCUCCUUUGCUGUGAGCGUUACGGUAGUAUGAACCAAUUUCAUGUGGCAGUUAUUUCUCUUAACAGCUGUGGACGGCUUUUAACCACUGGAAGAAAACACCAGGCUUCCAGAAUAUUAAGUUGCAUUAUUUCACCACUCGUCCCAAUAAAAGCUUGCUUCUCGGCCUAAUCAGUCUUGUUAUACAUAUGGAUUUGACUUGCUGUUCUAUUGCCAUGAAUCCUACUAUGUAACAACCCAGAACAACUUGAACUCGCCUCGGCUAGAGAGCAUUGCUUUCCUCACGGCCCAAGUUUAACUAUAUUAUGUUGUGAAGUUGAAAUUACCAAUGUCUCUCUAAAUUGCUUUAUUACCUGUAUGAUGAACCUUAUGUCACAGGACUGUGUUAUGCAUAACCAUUACUGAAAGCUCCGUUGGUAUCGGGUGAAAUUAAGACUUAAGAGGAGCAGUGUUUCCCUUUUGAGGGAAAGGGACAGUGCACUUUGGUCCUUAAUAUGAAUGUCAGCAUUAAUUGGGCUGUACCAUUUUGAUUUCUAAUAAAUCUGAAAUGUGAGAUUUACAAAAAUAUGCUGUUUUUUUCAGAGAAGAUUAUGGUCUGCUAUGAUAACCUGUUUUAUGACGACUCAACCCAGAUAGCCACAGUUUCUUAUCCAGCUUUGUAUAAUGGUGAAAGGAAUGACAGCAAAUGUUCAAGUUAAUGGUACACCAUUUGUGUAGAGGCAACCACCAGUAAUCUUAUGCUACCAUGAACAGGGAUUUCACAGAAGCAAGGUAGGGUCAAAAACACAGGAGUCAUAGCAGGUGCCCAUUGACUUGUGCCUCUUUGCUGGAACGCUUUUGGAAAAACGCUUACUUUUUGCGCAGCUGAUGUGGCUUCUUUCUGGUUUUUGUCUUGGCAAUACUGUACACAAGUUGUUUCCCUUUAUUGUAUCUACUUGAGGUAUCACAAUAAACGUUUUCAGUUUUGUUGAAUUUUGUGCUUCCCC